AUGGCGGCCAGACCGCUCGUAACUGUAUAUGAUGAGAAGUACGAGGCCACUGAGUCGCAGGUGAAGCUCCCAUCGGUCUUCCGUACCCCAAUCCGUCCAGACCUUGUAAGCUUCAUUCACGACCAGGUUCGCAGAAACCGCAGACAAGCCCAUGCUGUUAAUGUUAAAGCCGGAAAGCAACAUUCUGCCGAGUCCUGGGGAACCGGACGCGCUGUUGCUCGUAUUCCGCGUGUUCGAGGUGGCGGUACCCACCGUUCUGGUCAAGGAGCCUUCGGAAACAUGUGCCGUGGUGGACACAUGUUCGCGCCAUUGAAGGUCUGGAGACGUUGGCACCGCAAUGUCAACAUUGCCCAGAAGAGAUAUGCUGUUUGCUCCGCCAUCGCUGCAUCUGGAAUUCCGGCUCUUCUCCAAGCUCGUGGACAUAUCAUCGAUAAGGUUGCUGAGGUUCCAUUCGUCGUCUCUGACAAGGUUGAGUCCUUCCGUAAAACCAGAGAGGCUGUCACCUUCCUUCGCCGUUCCCACUUGUGGGAAGACAUUGAGAAGGUCUACAACUCAAAGAGAAACCGUGCCGGAAAGGGAAAGCUUCGCAACCGUCAACAUAAGCAGAAGCUCGGACCAGUUGUCAUCUACGGUCAAGACGGAGAAUGCGCUCGUGCCUUCCGCAACAUUCCAGGAGUCGAUGUUUUGAAUGUCGAGAGAUUGAAUCUCUUGAAACUCGCUCCAGGAGGUCAUCUCGGUCGUCUCAUCAUCUGGACCGAGUCCGCUUUCAAGAAGCUCGAUGCCAUCUACGGAACCCAGGUUGCAAACUCUUCCAAGACCAAGAAGGGAUGGUCUGUGCCACUUCCAAUCAUGAAGAACGCUGACUUCUCGAGAAUCAUCCGUUCGGAAGAAAUCGUCAAGGCUAUUCGUGCCCCAAAGAAGAACCCAGUUGUUCCAAAGAUCCAUCGCAACCCAUUGAAGAGACGCCAGCUCCUUUACAGAUUGAACCCAUACACCGCUGUUCUUCGCAAGGCUGCAAAGGCUGCGCAAAAGAAGUAA